AUGGUCAAAGUGGAUGCCUUUCGCCAAACGUUACUACCCUCGCCCGAUUCUUUACGUCGAAUGGUGAAGUCUUCGUGGGACGUCUUGACCAAAUCCCAGACCGAUGAAUCGCUUCGACAAUGGGCAUUAAGCAAACUAGAUAAUGGCGAAAAAUAUCGGCUCUCGAAGCUCGAGCCCGUCUUCGUAGAGAUACUCGACGACGUGAAGUUGGUGGUGAGGUCAUUUGUAUACCACAAGUAUGACCUCUGGUUCGACUACAGCGUGUCUUGA